GCGCGAGACUGUGCGCCGUCGCAAGCUCGCAAGCUGCAAGCUCGCAGAGCGAGUCCGAGCGUCACGCCGGCUGCUUACUGCAGCUAAUAUCUGUCAACGCCACUCGAGCAUCCACGACAUGUGCCUUCGCUAACCACAUUUGAGUGAAGUCAAAAGAGCGAGAAUGUAUGGAGGUGACGUUCAGUCUAUACAAACUCUCUCCACGCACGGCAGCGAUGUCAACGCUGUGGACUUUGCUGGAGACAGUAUUUUAGUUACUGGCUCUGGUGAUAAAAAGGUACGGGUGUGGGAAUGGCAGCCUGGCGACGGUUUCGUCGAAGCAUCGUUUUCGCCAUUACUGGGCCACAAGUAUGGGGUUACGUCGGUCAAAGUCAGUCCGCAGUCGACAAUGCUCGCAUCGUCCAGCAUCGACGGUACUACUCAGUUAUGGAAUCUCAGGUCGGGCACAAAAAUUCACACCAUGGUGCAGGCGGGUGGCGAAGCCGUGCGAGUCUGCCGAUUCUCGCCGGACUCGUCGCUCCUCGUCACCGCCGGGGACAACGGCCAGGUGUGUUUGUGGGACUUGGUUCGGCGAACGUUGAUCAGAUGUUUCCAGCGACACGAAGGAGCGAUUCAAUCAGUAUGCUUCACACCCGACUCCAAUUGGCUUUUGACCACUUGCACUCUCGGUGUACUUCAGCUAUUCUGCAGUAACGAGAUCAUCGAGUCGUGCCCGUCACGCGACAAAGAUCUCACAGUGUUUGCUCAGAUCGACGAUGCCCAUGAUCUUGGUGUCGUCUGCUGUGAUUUCUCCCCCGUUCAGGAAAUUACCAGCAACGAGCCAUUCGCCAAGUUGUAUCAACUGGUGACUUGCGGCAACGACAAUCGCGUCAAGCUGUGGGAAGUCAAAGUAAUGCAGGACAAAUGCGAUACCCAGCCGCUAUCGGCCAAUAUCGAACUGUGCCGGGUCAUGGAAAAACACAGCAGUGCCUUAACGUGCGUCCGCUUCAGUGCCAAUGGAAUGUACACUGCCAGUAGUGGUCUCGACAAAACAGCCGUCAUUUGGGAAACGACAACUGGAAGGGUCAUCUCGGUACUCACCGGACACAACCGAUAUGUGGCUUGCUGUGCUUUUUCGAAAAAUGGAAAUUUACUUGCCACAGGUUCCAACGACAAACGAGUGAUCAUUUGGGAUUUGACUGGGAAUUUGAGUUUGGACUCGGAGCUCGUCCGUCACAACAGUGUUAAACUGCAGAACAACGAAAGAACCGAUAAAACAUUGAUACAAGAGACUGAGGUAGUGAAGCAUGCAGAAACAAGCGGUAACGAAGUGAAGCUGAUUCAGCGAUUGGACGAGCACAAUGGAGCCGUCAAUUCGGUGGCCAUGUUUGGCAACCGUUUAAUUGCCUCUGGUUCUGGAGACAAGUUGGUGAGAGUAUGGAACGUCAAAUACGACGAAGAGGGCGAAUCAACCUUGAUAUUCCAGGAGAUGGGAUACAACCCACUCGAUGGCCACAAGUACAGCGUCAAUUGCAUAGAAUUUAGCCCCUGCGGCACCAAACUAGCGUCAUGUUCUAUGGAUGGUACAACUGUUAUUUGGGAUGUUGAGAACGGCACCCAAGCGCGAACGUCGUUUGUAAAUUCUGGAACAGCCGUGAGGGUUUGCCGAUGGUCACCCGACGGUACGAAAAUAGCGACGGCCGGCGAUGACGAGAAAACAAUACUUUGGGAUUUGGAGACUAUGGAGGAAACGUGUGAUCCUUACAGCAUAUUCGAGGGGCACGCGGACGCGAUAACGGCAAUUGCCUUCACGCCAGAUUCACGUUACUUAGUAACUGCCUGCAGCGAGGGUGCUUGGCGACUUUUUGAUACUAAUCAAGCAGAACCCGGAGGAACUAGUAAUGCUCUACUCGUUUGCGAUAUCGGGCACGAUCUUGGUGUUCAGGGUUGUGAUUUUAGCCCCACCACCGGUCCUUUUACCAUGACUGGAUCUCGGGACGCAAGCUCAGGCGCCGCGAAAGAUUCAUAUAUGCUUGCGACUUGCGGCAACGACUCGCUGAUAAAGCUCUGGAAGAUUAUUCUGAUUGAGGCUGAUCUCGAUUUAGAGGGUAGUGGCAGCAGUAAAGCUGGUAUAUCUUACAGAGAGCGUCGGCAGUUCGUUGGUCAUGGUGGUAACAUCAUGUGCGUCAGAUUCUCACCUGUUCACGGCGAGAUACUCGGCAGCGUUGCUACCGAUAGGACUGCUCGAUUGUGGAGUGUUCACACCGGCAUGUGUUUGCACGUUCUUGAGAGUCACGAGAGUCUCGUAACAACCUGUGCCUUUUCUGAAGAUACAUCACUUUUCUUGACAGGUGCCUUAGACAAGACUGUUUUAAUUUGGAAAUUGCCAGAUCAACUAGUGUCCCAAAGCAUUCUCAUUGAUCGUUUAAGAAACACCAGAAAAAAGGUUGCUGAUUGGGCAGUAGAUGACGUGAUAAAAUGGUUAAUCGAAGUUGAUUUAUCUGAUUUGGUAAGAAGCAUUCAAGCUCUUGCUAUAAGUGGACGUAUGCUACUACGUAUCCCCGACGAAGUCGUCAUAGGCAAGCUACAGUUCGAUCACGACCAAGAGAUAUUAGAGUUAUUCCGGAAACAACUCUACUGGUUGAAACGCGAAGACUGCAAUGCUCCAUUCAUUGUUGAAGACACCGAUAUACCAGACGAUUUCGUGUGUCCGAUCACUCACGAGAUAAUGCGGGAGCCGGUACAAUGUUCAGAUGGUUUUACCUAUGAAAGAGCAGCAAUAAACGAGUGGUUCUUGUGUGGGAAAUUCACGAGCCCAAUGACAAAUGAACCACUUAAAACAACGAGCUUAACGCCAAAUGUUACCCUGCGGAAUGCAAUAUUUACACUUUUACAUGGAGAGGCGCCGACGUUUUGAAAACAAUCAAAAGAAUAUACCUACCAUGAAUUUUCGCUUUACCCGAGGAAACGAAAACGUUAUAGUGUACUAAAUUUUCACAUUACACUUAAUUUGACAACUAUAUAAAAGUACAAUCUAACUAAAGUCAAUGGUUCUUUAUAUGUAUAUUUCUUUAUAACGAAGAUGACAUGAUAAUGACCGCAUAAAUUAUAGUUCUACCAAAAUUGGUACAAUAUUUAGUUAUUUUUCAAUUUUCAUAAGUUGUUUGUAGUUAAAAACCAAGCUUCAUAUUGUUCAGUAAGUUGUAAAUAACAACUUGAAAUGAUUAUACAUAAAAUUAAUCACAGUUUGUUAUUUAGAAUCGUCGCCAAAAUAAAUUAAAAAUAUAUUAUUUCAAUGACACUACACUCAACAUUUCUUGCCUAAUAUUAAUAAAUAUCAAGAGAUAAAGACAAAUUAAAUUCUAAUUCACAUAUUCGUUUAUGGUUUUUGUAAUUUUCCAUUUAUACUUCGAUAUUUAAUCAAUUUAUAGUAUUACUAUUAUAUAAAUGUCAAGACAAAUACGUGAUAGCAUAAUAACGAAGUAUAGUAAAAAAACUAAUUUGGCUAUAAGCGUUAUUGAGAGGUACAUCAAAUUCAAAAAUGCACAAAAGUCAAACAAAACAAUCAUUUCAUUUCUAAUCUGUGAAACCAAACAUUUAAUUGUUUUGUUAGGUACCUUUAUCUUUAUAUGUAUGUAGUUUUUUUUUGUAACAAGUCUACACAUUUUUACCAAGGCGAAUUUAUACCUAAUGGGGACAAACUAUGUACAAGCUUGACAAAUACAUAAAGAAAUGACCUCAAUUAAUUCGUGGAAUUCAUUUGUGUAAAACAUUAUUGUAACAUUUUAUUAUUCACAAUAUUUUUUCUAUUUCUUUAUUAUUAGUCAAUAGCAAGUUCAAGAUUAACUCAGUCGAUUUACAUUUCAAUUAUUUUUAUCAAACGCCUACUCUAACGAAAAAAACUACAUUUAAUAAAAAAUGAUAAAAGAGUGAAUGCUUGUAAUAAUUGAAAACUCAUUGUUUAUACAUUGUAUGGAAAGUGAUAGUUCAAUUGCUAGUGGUAAAAAAUUAGAAGUUUGAUAUUUGACAUUGUACGAAGUGAUAACAAAUUGUUGAUGAACUUAUUACUUUCUGUUUAUCUAUGUCGACCGAAAGCGUGUAGCAAAUUAUCUCUUGAAAUUGUAAUAUUGCAACUUUAAUUUUAUAUAAUUUCUUUCUAUGUAUUUGUAAAAUUAUUUUAGAAUUUUUUUUAAUAUUACAAUCAAAAUGUUCGGCAUGUUGUUUUUUACAUUAUUGGUUAAUUUAAAUGUAUUUAUCAUGUAUAUUUUAAAUUAAGUUUUAAUAUGUUAUGGACACUAUCAAAACCGAUUACUCUGUUCGUAUUAAAUAAAAUAUUUUUCUAAGUUUUACACUCACAUUGCAUAACAGUUUAUGUAAGUUUCAAGCUUUAGAGAAGAAUAUAAAAUGUAUAUCGUGUAAUAAAUUCUAAUUAACUCCGAAGUCCAGACCAAAUACCUGAUGCGAAAGAAUAGUACAACUUUGCAAAUAAAUACUUUUUUUAUAUUUAGAUCAGAAACAUAUAAAAACGGUCUAGACUAAUAAAAAUUUAUAUAUUAUCAUUUCUUUUAUACACUUUUUUAAGUGUCCGUUAAUUAAUAAUUAAUAUAAAUUAAUAAAAACUUGAUUUUCUUCAUACUUUAUAUAACUUAAGUUAUUAUUAGAUUACAAAUGUACUUUAAAUUUGUAUUACCGAACAUAUAAAUUAUAUUUACUUAAACAGAAAAUUAUUUAAUAAAUCGUAACAUUGCAUUAGAAUUAGAUUGAUAUUAUUGUUUUAAUUUAUUUAAAUAAUUUUCAAUCUCCAGUGUACAGUACAAAAAUAUGUUAUCAUACUAUAAGAUAAUUAGAUGUGAAUAAACCCUUUUACCAUGAAAUGUAGCAUAUGUGUAUAAUAAUCACGUAAAAAACUUAAUUACAUCUCUAUUUAAAUUAUUCCACAUAUGAGUCAAAACUCAUUUUAUUUUAAGUAAUCAGAAAUAAUGAAUACGAUAUGAAAUUCAUUUUUAAAAUUUGUGAAAGAUUUUAUCAAACUUGUAUAUAUUUAUUUCGAGAAUAUUAUUAGUUAUUUUUGCACACACUAACUUAUGGAAUAAGUGAAUAGAAGUACUCUGGAAAUAUAUCAUGUAUUAAAAAAUGUUUGAUGACAUGUUAACAUGGCUUUCAAAAAAAAUCCAAGAACUUAUCCAUGAAUUAUUAUCUUAAAUAUAGUACAUUGACAAUAAUGCAAUAUACUUUCUAUAUGUAUAACCACUAAGAUAUAUAUAUUAUAUAAACUUAUCGUGUAUUAUUCUAUAGUACUGAUAAAGUCUAAUAACAAUCUGCAAAAAAAAAUUAAACAUAUAGUGUAAGCAGUUUUGUAAAUCACACGUUAAAAUCUAUACGCAUCUAAAAUUAUUACGUAUAGCAGCUUGUCGCAUACACAUUUGUUAUAAUAUAUUCAAAAAAUAAGGACUGUAUAAUAGUAGUUACUUACAAAUUAAACUUGACAGCA